AUGGCGAAGCGCACACUCUAUCUUGUUACCUACGACCGCGGCACCUACCCAACCACUGGCAAAGUCAAGCCCUAUCAUUGGUCAUAUUUCAUACAAACAGACCUGCGCGGCAACAAAAACUUGGGCAUUGCACACCAGUUGCGUGGCAUGCCUGGAGGCUUCUAUUACCCAGGCCCGGAACAGUUGGAUCUCGUCAAGUCCGGUUCUCCUAAAGAAGAAUUGGAAAUUGGUGAAGUGGACGACUCGAAUUUAAAGAGGGUGCAUGAAAUUCUGAGUAGUGUGCGGAUCGAGACAAGCGAGUCGUCCGGAUGGAACUGUCAGGACUGGUCUCUGGCAGGAUUCGAGAUGUUGAAGGAGGAGGGUUUCGUGUAUAAACAUUUCGAGUUCUAUGUCAGCUUCAGUUUCGGGCUGAUACUCCUGUAUAAUCUGCUUUACAACUUUAAUCCACCAUUGUCGAGGCCGUGA